UGUUCGGGUGGGCCUGCAAACUACCACAUGGUUUGCUGCACGUUUCAAGAUGGCGGCUCUACUUAGACCUGGUAUUGUAAAAUCUUGUAGAAAUAUAGCUACCCUUGCUUACAAAUGUCCUGUAAAUUAUUUGAGAAUAUGCCAAAAAGUACCGCUAUGCUACACGCCAAAGCCUAUGUCGUCUAGUUUGUCGGCUGUGAGGUAUUUAAGUGGUUUGCCGCCAGUGGAAAGUGUGAACGACGCAAUAGAUGAGAGUGAAAAUGUGACAAGCUCAAGUUAUGAGCAUGAAGCAAAGACAAACCGAGACAGGAGAGACGAUCGACAAAAAGACAGAGGAAGGAUAGGCAGUAAUCAGUACGAACGGAUUCUGCAAAAACUCGGGACCAUCACAACUCGGCCAUCACUCGUAAAAAUAUUUGAGGAAAUUUUGCAACGAGAAGAGCAGAUAAGUAACCUCCAGGCAUACCAGGUACUGAGGAACUGUGGAAAGGAGUUGAUAUAUGAGACUCCAGAAAAAAGGACAGAGCUUGCACAUUACUUCUGGGACAGACUUCAGAAUGCAGGUGUUAAUCUUGAUAUUAUGAUGUACAAUGCUCUGUUGUCCGUCUACCUUCAAAAUGGAUACAAGUUUAACCCGCUGGAGGUGCUAGAACGUAUACAGUCAAGCGGACUGGAACCCAAUCUGACAACAAUGGCCCUGGUGAUACAGGGAUUUGGACAGAAUGGAGAUAUCCAAGGAGUUUUCAAAGUUCUUGAGUUUAUGAAAGCAGCAGAUAUGCCAGUAACGGAGCCCAUCUACACAUCUCUGAUUUUGGCAUAUGGAAAAAAUAGGGAUAUGGAGAGUGCCAAGGGUGUCUUCAACCUCAUGAGGGACAAUGGGAUGGAGCCAGGAAUCGAGAGUUAUACUUCACUGCUCACAAUGUAUGCAGAAAACGGAGAUCUUGAAUCUAUUGAUGAGACGAUCUCUGAGAUGCAAGAGAGGCGGGUCUACCCGACACAGGCUGUCUAUCUCUCUCUUAUCGACACAUUCUCAAGAUGUGGACAAGACGAUGUCAUCAUAAAGAUUUUAGAAAAGCCAGCUGUCCGUAGACUUAUUGAGACAGACCUCCAAAGUCUGAUGUUGAUGCUAGCCGGGCUUGGUGAGGUCAAGUCUGCCCUUGCCAUACUGGACUUUCUGCCACCGCAGCCUAUCACCUCAUUUACCAGCAACCCACAGUACAUUCUUCUGAGACAGAUUAUUUUGUCUAAACAGCCUACGGAAGCCAUCAUCAUGGCCGUGAAUGAUUUAAAUACCAGGGGAUCAAUGAGAGAUGUCUUUGAAACUGCUUUGGAUUUGUCGUUUAAUAUAAAAAGACCAGAAACCUCUGUAGCAAUUAUCAGGGAAAUGCUGGCAAAGAAAGUGACGGUUAAGAAGCACUACUUUUAUCCAAUGCUUGCCCAUUAUGCCAACACACUUGAUGCAAAAGGUUCACAAGAAAUAUUUACUUUGAUGUCAGAAAACAAUAUUGAUGUUGACCCAAUCAGCCUGAGUUACUCUGUGCAAGCAUUUGGCCAGCCCAAGGAUGCUGAUGUGAACACUUUCUUAGAAGCCUCUAAGGAUGUUCCUCUGUCCCCUUACCUUCUUAAAAUGAUGGCCCAGCUUGUCAUGGAGACUGGAGAUAUUGACAAGCUGAAAUCAAUCUUUGAUCGUGCUGAAGGGUUGGAUAUUCCAGACAGAAUGUUUGAGAAAACAUUUGUUGCAGCCAUGAAAAAAUCAUUUGAUGCUCAUACAUGUGUGCAGAUUUUAAAAGAAAUGAAAUCAAGGGGCAAGACAUCUCUUAUUGCAAUGUCAAUCUCAGACGUCCUUGAGAGUUGUUGCCGGUCAAGGUCAGGGUGCAAACAAGGCGUCAAGUUUCUACAACUCGUACUCUCAGAGAAUCUUCAAGAUCUGCUGGAUUCCCGUAGCUACACAUCAGUCAUGAAACAUCUGAACCUGCAUAACCUCAACGAAGAGUUCUUUGAGUUGAUCCGUGUGAUGAAGCAGCAUAGAGUGCCCCUGGAUGAGCAUCAGUACAGGCAGAUGAUCAGGAUAUUCGCCUUCAUUGGGGAAUCAAGAGCUGCUCAGUUCUGUUUCGACAAUUAUAAGAAACUUGUGGAGCCCAACGGUACAAUCUUCUCGCUGUUAAUCUCGGCCUAUGGACACAGCAAAGAUGGAGGCUUCUUUUCUGGACCCUUGAAAUACAAGAACCCAAGGAAAGUUGUUGACCUUUAUGAGGAGAUGACAAACCUUGAUCUUACGCCUGACAAUCGUUCCAAGUCUUACAUCAUCAUGUCGUAUCUGGCACUCGGGAAGAUCACUGAGGCGGAUGCUGCAAAGGAGCGUUUUGGCGGUCUUGGAGCUCUUACGUACAGAGUACAGACCCAAUACCUCAUGUACUACGCAGAAAAAGGCGACGUGGAAAAUGUUGAGCGUGUGAUGAGGGAACUCAAGUCGAUGGAGAAUGUUCAUCUUUCAACGUACCCCUACACGCUUGCUAUGGGAGUCUACAAGUAUCACGGUGAUGUUGAAUCACAGCGGAAACUUCUUGACGAGAUGAAAGCCGCUGAUCUCCGUCCAAACGGCUUCACAUACGGUGAAAUGAUGCGAACCCACCUCUUCAGGGAGGACACUGAUGGAGCGCUUCAAAUUCUUGAGGAGGCCAAAUCGAAUAAUGCCUACCCUUCUCUGGGGUCUUGCAUCUAUCUGCUCAAUGCAUGUGCCAAAACCCUGUCCCCAGAACGACUAGAAAAAGUUGUUAUGGACAUGCACACAGACAUAACGCAGGGACAGUUCAAAGGCUCGCCGUCGGUGUUUGCACAUGCCCUCAUCUAUACUUGUGUCUCAGUGGACAGGAACGAUUUGGCUGCCAGGAUCAUGAAGGAGACGUCUAACCACAACCCUCAACAGUACACGGUGAACGCGACGAGCGCAGCUCGGCGGGGAGAGUCCGAGUCUAUAAUGAAAUGCAUCCGCUUCCUGAAUGAGAAUGGCAUGGACUCCACUAGUCUGCUCAUCCCGCUGAUGCGCUCUUACGAGACGACAGGGGAUGCAAAGUCCGCGCUGGCAGCCUACGAGGCGUUCGUGGCGAAUGGCGGAGAGCCAUGGAUUGAUUUGCAGCGCGUACUUGCUCAUGUGCUGCGUAAAAACGGCGAACCAGUGCCCUUCCAGCUCCCCGAGAGGUCCAGGAGAUCGCAAAGGGGUAACAACAACGAGGAUAUGAAUGCCGAGGAACCCGAAGACAACACAUAUGACGUAGAAACAGGGAACCAGAAACACGAAGGGCCCAAGAAACUCGGGGUAAAACCGUCCGGAAAACCCUUACGACUACCAAUAUUUGCCCCUGAACCCCUUUAGAUGAGAAGUGAAGCUGAAAGGCGUUUCCGUGGGUAAAAACAACAUGGUAAGUCAAACUUAUUUGUUCUAUUUUACAUUUUCUUAUGGUUAAAUAAUAAAUAAAUGAAAUAGGUGUAUUUAAGAAUGUACAAUAAUGAUAAAGGCAUAGCAGCACAAAACAAGAACUUCAAAUUCGUUUUUAACAACAUCCAAUAUUAAAUAUAAACAUUGCGCUGAACAUGGUUUCAAGGCCAGUAGUGUGAACGCAGUAUUUGUCUUUGGUUGAUGGGGGUAAAGUCACGGUAAUAUCUACGUGGCGACGUUGUCUUGGAAACAACUCUACGAGGCGGUGUUGUCUUGUAAAUACAUCACGUGGGCACAUGGUUCUCUGACGACUCUUCUUCGUUUAGCAGAUUUUCUGAUUCAUCCCCCUCGAGACUGGAACAAUAUUGAUCAUACAGGAUCAGAAGUCAGUGGAGUUCCUAAAACAGUGUCCAUACUAACCAGCAAGUAUGCGUGCGCCACAUGUAUUAUGCUUCGCAUUAUAAGUACGUUGAAUUGAAACUAUUGAUGUACUUGCUUAGGAGGCUCAACGUAUAUUGAAACACGGUAUUGAGUGUAUGUGACGGGCGCAGUCAUUUUUAUGGUGUUAAAGUAUUGCCGGGACAUUUCUGCGCGCAGUGCCGGUCGCUGCUGGCCGGUCGCAAUGAAUUACAUUAUUGAGUGCAUACCUUGCAACACGUGUGUGUUUAUUGGUGCAGAGGGCCAGGGUCCUCUUCAGUGCGUCCAUAACCGGGUCCCAGUCAGGAUAAUGUGUCAAUAAACUGACAGCGAAGAAAGACGCGAAGACAGGCAAAGUACCAAGUAAGAA